AUGGACUUGGCAGGCGUGCUGCUGGCGUUGCUCCUCGUGCUGGUGCUGGUCGUCUCCCUGCUCUCCAACCUCCUGGUGCUGCUAUGCUUCGUCUACAGUACGGAGAUCCGCAAGCAGGUCGCCGGGGUUUUCCUGGUGAACUUAUCCUUUUGCAACCUGCUCCUCACCGUCCUGAACAUGCCUUUCACCCUGCUGGGGAUCCUGAGGAACCAGCAGCCCCUCGGGGGCUGCGUCUGCAAAGCGGUGGGUUUCCUGGAAACUUUCCUCACUUCCAACACGAUGCUGAGCAUGGCAGCGCUCAGCAUCGACAAGUGGAUUGCCGUGGUGUUCCCCUUGAGCUACACCAGCAAGAUGCGGUAUAAGGACGCUGUGAUACUGAUGGGCUACUCGUGGCUCCACUCCCUCACCUUCCCCUUGGUAUCCUUAUUUUACUCGUGGGUAGAUUACAGCAGCGUUUAUGCCUCUUGCACCUUGCACCUGAAGGAAGAGACGGAGCGGAGACGCUUUACGGUGUUCACCAUCGUCUUUCACUCCACCAGCUUCAUGCUGUCGCUGGUGAUCUUGUGUUUCACCUAUUUAAAGGUGUUGAAAGUUGCUCGGUUCCACUGCAAGCGGAUAGACAUUAUUACCAUGCAGACUCUGGUUUUGCUGGUGGACAUCCAUCCCAGUGUGAAGCAGCGCUGUCUCAACGAGCAGAAACGGAGGAGGCAGCGGGCUACCAAGAAAAUCAGUAUUUUUAUAGGGUCGUUCGUGAUCUGUUUUGGUCCUUACAUUAUCACCAGGUUGAUAGAGCUCCUUCCUUUUGUUACCAUAAACUACUACUGGGGAAUUAUAAGCAAGUGCCUCACCUACAGUAAGGCUGCAUCAGAUCCAUUUGUUUACUCACUUUUACGUCAACAGUAUAAAAAAGUUCUGAUCAACAUCGUCAAUAGGAUACUUAAGAGGGAUCUGUAUCCAUCAUCAGGGUACAACAGCUCUCUCGACACUGAAAAUGAUUACUGCUUGCACAGAACAAACUAA